UCUGUGCUCUAACAUGAAAGCAUGGUUUGAAUGAGUGGUUCUAGAAUAUGAAAGUUGUAGAAUAUUUUAAUAUAUAUUUUCAGAGUGUUCUUGUUUAUAAAACUGAACCUCAGAUUUAUUGAGGAUGCACAGAGAUAUUCAUCAGGCCUGUACGAAUUUCACUGCAACUGUGCAGCCUCUUGAUGGCCGUCAUACACUGUAAUACAAUAUGAACUCUUGCGUUUCAUCUAUUUUGAACAUGUUUGGAAGAUAAAUCUUUGUCAGUUCAUUUCCAAAGUAAAUUUGUUUUGCACCAUGAUUAAAUAAUGAGGUACGAAGACUUGAGAAUAUAAUGAUAAGAAUUGUUUAUGAUGCGGAUUAAUCACCGCGUGCUCUUUGUGUCACAGCGGGAGGACAGUUUCACAAACCAUGCGAUCAAUUUAUAUGCAAAAUAAUAAUCUGUGAUUUAUAAAAAUGUAAAUGCAUUAGUGAUAUUAGUCAAAUGCAAGAAUCCUCCAAAACAACGCGAGAAAAUGUUCUCUAUAUUCAUCUGUGAAUAAUCUCUCAAUGCAGGAUGAUGAUCAACAGCAUUAAUGACUGAGCAGGUUUUAAUUAGGCUAUUAAUAAGAAUAUUUGAAUUACUCUUGACCAUUUUUUAUUAAUCUUGGCUGAUGAAUGAAACAACAAAUUUGAGGCAGUUUCUUUUUUGUUGUAGUUGUGCAUCAGCACAACAAAGACACAUUUUCAUAUCCUCUAUGUAGACUAAGUAAAUUAAGCAACCCCCCCCCCCCAAAAAAAAGUAAAGUAAAUGACCUGCAUUAAAAAUGGUUUUUAAGUAAGAGUGCAGAAGCAUUAACAACAAAAUGUACCUAAAGUAUCAAAAGUACAAGAGCUCAUUAUGCAGAACAUGUUUCUUUAUUAUAUAUUUUAUAGGCUUUUAUUGGAUUAUUUUAUAUUAUUGAUACAUAAGGAGCAUGUGAAAGGUGCAGCUGGGUGAGGAGGAGCUAUUUUUUGAGUAUUAUAUGUGCUGUUGGCUGGUUUAAUAACAGUUCAUUAUAUUUUAUAUGAUGAUCAUUGUUAAUGUCAAAUGUGUGAAGUAGUAAAUGUAUAAUGGAGCAUAACAUGGAAUACUCACAUAAAGUACAAGUACCAAGAUUAAGUACAAAAGUAUUUGAGUAAAUGUACUUCCAUAUUCCUGUUCUAACACUCACUGUCGGUCUCAUCAGUUCCAGGAUGGAUAACAAGUCUUACUUGGUUCAGAUGAAUGGGAAUGGAGUCCACGGCAAAACCACACUCAAUGGCAAAACCCUGAGUGGGACUGGAGUCAACGGGAAGGGAGUGCACGGGAACGGCAUCCACCAUGUAAGUGUGAAUGGCAGUUUGUAUCCAACCAAAGCCAAGAGCCGCCGGCAGAGAUGGGAGGUGAAGCCUUCAGAGAUGGCCAACAACACGCUCAACCCCAUCAGGGCCAUCGUGGAUGGCAUGAAGAUCACCCCAAAUCCAGAUAAACCCAUGAUUGCACUUUCGAUAGGGGACCCCACUGUGUUUGGAAACCUGCCCACAGAUGAUGCAGUGCUUCAGGCCAUGAAAGACGCUAUAGACUCGCAAAAGUACAACGGCUACGCUCCUUCUGUUGGUUAUCUGAAGAGCCGACAAGCAGUGGCCAACUUCUACAGCUGCCCCGAGGCUCCACUGGAGGCAGAGGAUGUGAUUUUGACCAGCGGCUGCAGUCAGGCCAUUGACCUGGCUAUCAGUGUCCUGUGUAACCCAGGGGACAACAUCCUGGUCCCAUGCCCAGGCUUCUCCUUAUAUAAGACUCUGGCUGUCUCCAUGGGUAUCAAGGUCAAACUCUACAACCUGCUGCCGGAGAAGUCAUGGGAGAUUGACCUGCAGCACAUGGAGAGCCUGAUCGACGAGAGGACAUCCUGUCUGAUUAUUACCAAUCCAUCCAACCCGUGCGGCUCAGUCUUCAGCAAGGAGCACCUACAGAAGAUCCUCAAAGUGGCCUCCAGACACUGUGUUCCCAUUCUGGCUGAUGAAAUCUACACCGAUAUGGUUUUCCCAGGCUGCAGUUGUCCGUCCAUGGCGUCCCUCAGCAGCGACGUUCCCAUCCUUUCCUGUGGCGGCUUGGCUAAACGCUGGCUGGUCCCUGGUUGGAGGUUGGGAUGGAUCCAGAUCCAUGACAGGAAUGAUAUAUUUGGAUCCCAGAUUCGACAGGGGCUGGUGAAACUGACCCAACGCAUUCUGGGAGCAUGCACCAUUGUCCAGGGAGCACUGGAGGGCAUCCUCAACAACACAAGUCAAAGCUUCUACAACAACACCAUCAGCUUCCUGAAGUCCAACUCAGAGAUUUGUUUCAAUGAACUGUCCACCAUCCCCGGCCUGAACCCCGUCAUGCCAUCAGGAGCCAUGUACCUCAUGGUGGGGAUUGACAUGGAUCACUUUCCAAAUUUUAAGAAUGACGUGGACUUCACUGAACGGCUGGUAACUGAGCAGUCGGUCUUCUGUCUGCCUGCCUCGGCAUUUGAGUAUCCCAACUUCUUCCGCAUUGUGGUGACGGUGCCAGGAGAGAUGAUGGUGGAGGCUUGUGUUCGGAUCAGGGAGUUUUGCCAGUGCCACUAUCGGCCCCGCAGCCGCGACAGCAACGAUCUGGACCAGUGAUGGAGCCUAGUUCCACCAGUCCAACAGUGUGGUCCUUGUGGAGAUGAAAGCUUAAAGGCUGGAUGAACUGUCACAUACACUGAUAAGCCAAAACAUUAUGACCACCCCUGCCUAGUACAUUGUUGGUCCUUCCUCUGCCACCAAAACAGCUCUGACCUGCCAAAGCAUGGACUCUCUCACAGUGUUGUGUGGUCCUGAUGUUAGCAGCAGAUCCUUUAAGAUCCUUUCAGACUAAGGCUGCAUUCAGACUACGUUAAAACAGUGCAAGGGGCCUGCUUUGGUAGGGGGUGUGUUGUUUCAUGUACUGCUGAGUCUGUGACAUACAUGUGGGAAGGCCAGUUGGGGGACAGGGCAUGGAAGAGGCACUUGCACGUAUGUGAAUCCAACACAACACCUUGCCGGAUGAUAUCACAUGGUGUCUGUCUAAAUCUAACCCCAGACCUUGACAUGCGCCGUUGGUAGGAGAUUAUCACCUCAUCUGUGCGUGGUCAUAAUAUCUUGGCUCAUUAGUGUAUACUGAGCUGGAAUCAGCUUUGAAAUUUUAUUCCACCAUGUUAUGAAGUUAUACUUACACAAAUCUGACGUCAAAACUGUGUUAAUAUUGUCAUCACUGUGGCACCAAAAGCUUGUGAGCAGUGUAUCUGAUGGUCCAUUCAUGGUGUAAUUUUUGAUGUAAACCAUAUGAAAUGAGAAGACCAAAUAUUUAUAUUUUAUACAGGCAACUUAUAUUAACCGCUACUUGUUUUUGUGUAUUUAUAUAAUUUGUGUACGGCUUUGUAUGCCUAUGUAACGUAGCCUCUUCGAUAUCAACUGCAUCCAUGCAUGAUGAACACACCUUCAUGGUACUUUACGCCUGUUUUUUACUCUCUGAUCCACAAUUACAGGCAGUAUAUAUAUUCAGUAUCGAUUUUUGUAAACUUUAUGUAUUGAUAAUCUUCUGUAUACUUAGAAAAUGACUCUCAGUGCAAAGUGUUAGACUGCAUGGGCAUGCUCUUUAUCAGAACCUUCUCUGUAUAUUUGUAUGUUGAUUGUGUCAUAUUGAAAGGCAUAUAAAUAUAUAUUUUUACAGACACAAGAUCUUAUUUAGUAGUUUUGUUGAUAGUAACCGAAUAAAAAAACAUGUUGACAUGA